CACCUGUUCCUCCGGAUCCGGCUCACCUUCUGGUCCCCCAUCUCCGAAGCUCCGGGGCGGUUGUAGCCACAAACACAGCCCGAAUUUCUGCUCCGUCCUCCGGGUAUUUAGCUUUAUAUGCACGGCGGAGCUGGUACUGAUGCUGCCGGAGUGCAACGCAUCCUCGGACGGACACCAACCACCAACGCCUUCGGGCCAGAGUGCGUAGUGCGCAUGCGUCAGCAGAGGAUUCUGGGUGCUGGUGUUUCUGCAGCGCCGCUGCUGCCUUCAGGCAGACAGCAGAGACAGGAUGAGACUGAGAAGAGGAAGACCACCUCACACAUAACAAAAUGGAAAUGUGGCUGAAACGGACGACUCUGGUGUUGCUGACAGUGGCAGCUCUGGUGGUAUCAGGUAAAGAUGUGAUUAUUCAAACACAAAGAAGAGCGGAAGUUCCUGCUGGUUCCUCUGUGACUUUCCUCUGUCCUGUGGAUUCCCUCUGCCAUGUGAGGAUAGGGAAACUCGAUAGAUAUCGGGUGAACUGGUUAUUUAAUCCCUCUGGACCUUCAUGGGAUGGCGUACGCAAAUUAUCAAAUGACAUCUCUAACAAUUCUGCAAAUUCCUCCACCGUGGUGUCCAACAAAACAAAGCAGAACAUUGAAAAAAACAAAUAUACUCUGAUAAAUGCAACAACAAAUGACACCGGAUGGUACUUUUGCAUUCUCAUCGUUGAGAUUCCCGUUUUGGAACUUUGUAAAAGCAACGGAACAGAAUUAGUUAUUAUGGAGAGCAAGGAACUCACAACAUACCCGUCACUGCCCAAACUGACGGGUAAACAAGCCACCAUGUCCCCCACAGAGAGCCUCCCUCUCCUCGACCUGUGGAUGUGGAUCUCUUUGGGGGUUUCUACUUUCAUCCUGAUCGUCCUGCUGGUUGUGUGUUUGGUGCUGAGAAGAAGACAUCGCAGAAGCAGAGCAGAAGAUCCAAUCUAUGCAAACACUCGUCCUAUGGCCAACAAGCAGCCGUCCCCUCGGCCCGGGGGCCUGGUGGACACCCUGAAGAAGGCUUCCUCCUCUCAAAACCUCAGAAACCCGAGUCCAGCCCGGAAGUGCCACGAGGACAAACGGAGAUGCAAACUGUGAAGAAGCCAUGGGCCUUAAUUAAUCAAAUCAACUCUCAUAUUUAGUCAUAUAGCUGUAUUUACUGGAGUUAUUUUUAUAUUUUACAUUGUAUUUUACAGGUGCAGGCUUUUCAUUUAAACUUGAAAUGUGUAUGUACAUUUGUUUCAUCUCCUGAUAAUAUUAGGUUGUUGUUAACAGCAGCCAUUGUAUAUUCUAUAAGCAAAAAGUGUCCAAUAACUUUUUAAAGUAUAAAUUGUGGAGACGUGA